UAAGGGCAAUGAACUAUGGUUUCAAUAAGUACAAUUUUUCCAUUCAUAUACAAAUAGUAAUAGUAACCGCUUCCUUGCUAUUGCUAUUUGCUAAGAGGAGGAUGGGUUUGAGGGGUAAAUUAGUUGCUCAUUUGGAGGUCAAAUGUGGUGGAGAACUAUUUCAUGAUCACUUCAACACCAAACCUCACCAUAUUCCUAAUAUAAGUGAUAAGAUAAAUCACUUUGGGGUUCAUGAAGGUGAAUUAGGAAGUGUUGGUACUAUUAUCGAAUGGAGAUUUAAAUAUGAUGGGGGAGAGAGGGUGGCAAAGCAAGUUGUUGAUCACAUAGAUAAAGAAAAGAAAAGAAUCAGCUUCAAAUUUGUUGGAGGAGAUUUUGUGGAUUUAUACAAGGAAUUUAAGACUACUUUGGAUGUUGAAGAGAAUUGGAUAUCAUGGACAUUUGAGUAUGAGAAGCAAAAUGAAGAUGUCCCAGAGCCCAUCACACUUUUGGGAAUUGCCAUUGAUGUCAUGAAAGACAUUGAUUCACACCAUCACAACAAAUGAUACAUCAUCUAUUAGAUCUAUAUUGGCCUAGUAAAAUUCAGUGCUUCAAAUGAUCUAUUUUCCAUUGUGUAGUUUUAUGUGCUUUCUGUCGGGAAUAGUUUCUCUAUCUUUUAAGAUAAGAAUAAAGUUUACGUCUAUACUAUUGAUUUUGUUAUUUUUUUUUUUAAGUUUCCUCUUAUGAAAUCAUAUUGUGUAUGGGGUUGUUAUUAUUGUCGUCAUGAUUUUAUGUGUGUUUUUUUAAUUUGAAACGGAUUCUUUAUCUUUUAAGAUAGACAUAUGAUUUGUGUACACAUUAUUAUUUUCAGAUCUCACUUGUGGAAUUACUCUGGAUAUAUUGUUGUUGUUGUUGUUGUCAUUGUAAUUCCAUGUGCUUUAUAUUAAAAAACAGACUCUCGAUCUUUCAAGGUAGAGAUAAGAUUUGUGUGUACACAUUACUUUUCUCAAAUUUGUAUGAAAUUACAUUGAAUAUAUUAUUAUUAUUAUUAUUAU